AUGAGUCCUACGAUCUACCCGAACCCUGUCAGAGAAGCGGAUUACUCUCAUCAAGCAAGGAGAUUGUAUGCUAGUGAGGAAUGGGGCUGCUACACAGAUAAGCAACAGGGCCUGUACAACCCAACUUUAACCCAACCGGACAUUCCUGGUCAUGUCCAGGACGAUUACUGGAGAAACCAAAUGUAUCAAAACUUUGACCAAGCGGUUUCCCCACAAGUUGCAAACGACUUUUUGUUCCCGGAUGCAACCAUGUCUUCCAAAAUGUCUAAGUCUCCCCUUUACUCCAGCCAGACCCAAGAAUCACCAGCGAGCAGUAUCACUUUUGAUUCCUUGAAGUGCCAAGAUGACCCCAGGCUGUCGAAUGCCAUUUCAGAGACCAAUCUCUACUCAGAAUAUUUCGACCAAAAUGCCAAUCACAUUCCAUGGCCCAGUUUGGACUUCCUGGAUGGUAUUGCGCCUUCUCAGCAGAAAGACCCUUUCGAAGCCCUCAUCAGUAUUCCAUCAGAGCAGCUUAGCUCUGCUGAGAUUACACCCAAAGCACAAUUGGCCCUGCCAUAUUCCCAGACCGAGCAUACUGAGUCUUCUGACCCACCGAAGGUAAUUGAUAGAAAGAGAAAAACCAAGGAACGCCUUAGAAGUCUCUAUGACCGCGUGGGAGAGCCAGAGUCUUGCGACCAACCUAUCGAGUGUGGAUGCUGUGGUAAGACUGUCAAUGGUUAUAUAGAAUUGGCCAGGCACAUGGACGAGGAAAAACACUUGAGGGAAAACUAUUGUCCAGAUGAAGACUGUACCUUUUCCAUCAUUGGAUUCAAUCGCCGGAUCGCAUUGCGAAGGCAUAUUUGCAACCACCACCUUAAGGAUUACAAUGCUAGAAGGAAAAUGGACCAACAUUAUUGUUCACUUCAUGAUAACAAGGAAGACGUUCUGAACAAGAUAAAGGAGUUUUUGGAUCUAGGCGUUCUAUAG